CUACGCCUCCUCUGUAUCCUACUGUCUCAUUUCACCCCAUUUCCUCUCCCUAUCCCACCACAGUGUUAUCUCUGUCUUCACUCAGUACACUUUGCUUUACUCUUCUGCACAAACCCACAAAAACCCACCUUUUCUUUUAGCCUUUUCUGAUGGCGAGUGGGGGUGGAUAUGGGGAUGCAAACCAGAAAGUGGACUAUGUCUUCAAAGUAGUCUUGAUAGGGGAUUCAGCCGUGGGGAAGUCUCAAAUUCUGGCUCGGUUUGCAAGAAAUGAGUUCAGCUUGGAUUCUAAAGCCACCAUUGGAGUCGAGUUCCAAACUCGAACUCUUGUCAUUCAGCAUAAGUCCGUUAAAGCCCAGAUCUGGGACACUGCUGGCCAAGAACGAUACAGAGCUGUCACAAGUGCAUACUACAGGGGAGCUGUUGGUGCGAUGUUGGUGUAUGACAUAACAAAACGCCAAACUUUUGAUCACAUACCUCGAUGGCUGGAAGAAUUGCGUGCUCAUGCUGACAAGAACAUUGUCGUUAUCUUAAUUGGAAACAAAACUGAUCUGGAAGACCAGCGAGCAGUACCAACUGAGGAUGCCAAGGAAUUUGCAGAGAAGGAAGGAUUAUUCUUUUUGGAGACCUCUGCAUUAAAUGCAACAAAUGUGGAGACAGCAUUCUUGACAGUUUUGACAGAGAUUUUCAAUAUUGUUAGUAGGAAGACCCUCGCUGCAGGUGAAGAUCAAGGUAAUGGCAACCCUGCAUCUUUAGCAGGCAAAAAAAUACUUGUUCCUGGCCCUGCACAAGUAAUCCCAGAGAAGAAUAGGAUGUGCUGUGCAUCUUCGUAAUAUCGACGGUUUUGAUUUGCCCUGUCCAUUUUAGUGAUUUUGGAAAUAUCUGUUGCAUUGUGAUUGUAAAUCUUUCUUUUUUAUAGCUUGCCUUGCAUAAAGAAAAUGAUUAAAGAGUUUUGAGAAGAUCAGAUUAUUGACGCUAUGUUCGAGGUCAUAUUUGAGUACUGGCACACUCUUUUUUCUUUUCCUUUGUCAUUGCUAUACAUAUUGGUUCGUUAAUUUAUCUUUAGAAGA